ACCUCCACGACGGCGUCCUCGAAACCGGAUUCGUCGACGGCGUCCUCCGCCGCGUCCUCCAAUGCGUCCCGGGCGCGGCCCUUCCUCAACGCCACGACGCCGACGUCCAGGAGGGCUGCGGUCCGUGGUCGCCUGCUGGACGACGCGGAGCCGGCGUGGGCCUCCCUGCCCUCCUACGAAGAUGCCUCCACGACGGCCGCCACCAGUGCCACCGGUGCCACCGCUACACCCGCGGCCAGGGGAGUGUCCCGGUCCGUGCUGUCCGAGUGGGAGGAGUUCAAGAGGAAACACAACAGGACGUACCACACCCGCGACGAGUUGAAGAGGAUGGCGUCGCUGCGGCGGUCCCACGGCCUCAACACGUCGCUAGACACGCACCACUCGGACGAGGACCGGAUGAACGUGUUCAUAGGCCGCAAGAUGGUCAUCGAAGAGUUCAACAAACAAUCCAAGUCCUUCAAGAGAGCCCUGAACCAGUUUGCCGAUUUGUCGCCGCAGGAGGUGGUGACGAAGCACACGGGGCUGCUGCUGACAGGCCGCAAGCCCAAGGGCAUGCCCUUCGACCACAAGACCAGCGGGCGCCUCCUGCCCGUCGUGCCCCGCCGCUUCGACUGGAGGGAGAAGGGCGCCCUGACCGAGCCCAGGAACCAGGCCACCUGUGGCUGCUGCUGGGCCUUCGCCGCGACGGCCGCCCUGGAGGCCAAGAACUUCAUCCGCACGCGGCGGCUGGUGCCGCUGAGCGAGCAGAACCUCCUGGACUGCGACACGCUCAACGAGAAGUGCGACGGCGGCACGCCCUGGGACGCCUUCGACUGGGUGCAGUUCAACGGGGGUCAGGAGGAGUCCACCAACUACCCCUACGAAGUGCUGCCCGACCGCUGCCGCCAGGACAAGACGCGACUGUUCCGGAUCAACAUGCGCGGCUACAUGAGCGUGUACCCCGCCACCGAGGAGAACGUCAUGACCGCCCUGGUGACCGAGGGUCCGCUCGCCGUCGCCGUCAACCCCAAUCUGGCCUCGUUCCAGGACUACCGCGAAGGCGUGUACUCAGACCCGGAGUGCAGCUCCGCGGAGGACGAGCUGCGCCACGCCAUGCUGCUGGUGGGCUACGGCGACGACCCGGCGGACGGGCCCUUCUGGACGCUGCGCAACUCGUGGGGCCGCGACUGGGGCGAGGGCGGCCACAUCCGCGUGGCGCGGAAGGACAACCUGUGCGGCGUCACGUCCUUCGCCGUGUUCCCGGUGCUGGGCGACGCGCCGGCCGCACCGCCCGCCGCGCCUGCCACGGCCGCGCCUCCGCCCGCCUGAAGCGCAUUGCGAUGCAAAUGCCACCGGACUCUUCUUCACGUCGAAGGCUGGCCGGACUGCGCGUCGCGACGCGCCGAGUGCUAGUCACGGCCUACACUGCCAAACGCGAGGCGAGGCGCAUUAAAGUCGCCCGAAACAAACAUUCUGUUUGGCCGUUCGGCAGCACGGUAACCCCGACCCCGGCGGCGGCGGCGGCGCUAACCGCGGCCAGGCGCUAAUCAGCAGAGGC